UGGCCUUGGUAACCAAGUCUCCUCUGCGUGCUCCUGCGGAGUUAAAGCUGGGGCGCAACCUGAUCGGUUCCCGUCAAUGUGUUUGGAAAGUGCCAUCUGCUGGCUGCGGCCUGCUUGGUUACCCGGAAGAAAACCUGGCAGAGCAGCCUUCUCCAAGCUGGAGUGCCAAGCCAAAAGGCCUAACACAGAAGAAAUUCUUUGAGAAAAUAUACAUAAAUGCAUAUGCAAAGAAUAAAUGGAAGAUGUAUGGAACUAGACCUAAGACAAGGCCAGACAACCACUCAGAUUACAUAUGUGUGCACGUAGACAAAUCCCCUGCCCAAAAGAACUGCUCAGAACCACUCAAAGAACCACUCAAAAACAAAACAGAACAAAAAUCCCUAUUGCCUAGGUCCUUGAACCUUUCAUCAACUGCUAUCUGAAGCUGCAGCAGCAGCACCAGGAUCCAACUGAGUGUCCAACCCCUGCACGAAGGCUGGAUAAAGGCCCUAAACCAUUCCAACCAGUCCUCUAGCAAGUGCUGAACGUUUUGCAGGUGCUUGAUAAAUAUUUAUUGCAUAAAUAAUUGAAUGUGACUCUGUGGAACUGGAAUGUAGAGUUCACGAAGGAGAACGGCAGAAGACAAUGGUGAAAGAUUCCUUCUUCGGGAUUACAGAGACAAUCUGAACCCUCCUUCCCUGGGGACUGCCUUGGUUACGCCGCUAAGCAUACCUCCGGUUACUCUCCAGCAGUAGGUGGCCCGACUAGCGCGUCACCGGAAGUGAGGCAGCGGAAGUAGUAAAAUCCGCAGAACGCGAGCCGCUGGGGCACCUUAGGCUUGCGGACUGGUGGGAUGGCGGAUGAGGAAGAAGACCCCGCCUUUGAGGAAGAAAAUGAAGAAAUUGGAGGAGGUGCAGAAGGUGGACAGGGUAAAAGAAAGAGACUUUUUUCUAAAGAAUUGAGAUGUAUGAUGUAUGGCUUUGGAGAUGACCAGAAUCCUUAUACUGAGUCAGUAGAUAUUCUUGAAGACCUUGUCAUAGAGUUCAUCACUGAAAUGACUCACAAGGCAAUGUCAAUUGGAAGACAAGGUCGAGUACAAGUUGAAGAUAUCGUCUUCUUGAUUCGAAAGGACCCAAGGAAGUUUGCUAGGGUUAAAGACUUACUUACUAUGAAUGAAGAAUUGAAACGAGCUAGAAAAGCAUUUGAUGAAGCAAACUAUGGAUCUUGACACCUUUUGUAGUAACUGAAACUCCCAUUAUGUUCUAGGGAAAAUGUAUAUAAUAAUUGUAUAUUUUCUAUAGUAAGGUCUUGAUACCUACCUAUGUAAAUGAAAGGUGGAGAAACACAGUUUUCUGCCUUUAUUUUCAUGCCUUAGAUUUUAGAGUGAUAUUGGAUUAAUUGCCUGCCUUUAUAUGACCAUAUUUGAAUUACUUACUUGGUUUUAAUGACCACACAUAAGUUAAAGUACCUUGCAAACCAUGCAAUUUCUUCUGACUUUUGACUAUCUAAAGGAUGAAAUAGUAUUUAUGUGUUGUGUAUUUGUGUCUUUGUAAGCUGUACUGUAGCUGUCUAAUAUGUGAAAUUUAAAUGGCAUCUUUGACUCUAUGAUAGCUGAAACGUGGUUUAUGUACUCUGAAGUUUUUAUACAAAAGUAGUCUGAGAGGUUAUUAUAGUGAACUUUUUUGUGUUUCUUUUAAGGAGAUACAGGAAAAUAAAGGUUUUUUGUAAGAAUGUUUUAAAAGAUAAUUUGUUUUAAUAUUCUUUUUUUCAGGUAACAAGAAUGAUUUUAUUUUUUUGGAGAAACAAAGUUUCAUGUGAAUGGUUCUGUGUUAGAAGGCUUUUUUUAUUUAAAACUUUUUGGGGCUUAUAACAUACUAUUUGUUAAGUUUUGGGAUAACUCAUUUUCCCAGAUCAGAUUAAAGCUUCUAAAAAUAAAUGCUUUCAGUAGCAAGAAUGACAUUGCUUAAAAAUUGAAUGGCAUUCAUGGCAAGAUAAGCAUUUAGGAUAGUGUUUUAUUAACAUAUUUGUAAUUGUUCAUUUUGGAAAUGUGUACUUGAUGAAAAUCAUAUGUGUCUAUGGAAACUACUUUUGUCUUUUUUUUUUUUAUUUUACCAAUCACAGAAGCAGAACUAGAUGGAAACUACUUUUGUAGUGCAGGAUAUACAGGUUUUGUGUGUAUGUAGCUUAUUGUAUUAAAUUAUUAUAGCACUACUCUUAAAAUUAGGAUUAAAAUUGUAUUUAAAUAGAUCACUGAAUGUUAACUCUUUGUGAAACUGAACUUUUUGUGUGCCACUUAUAAACAUUACCUAUAAGUCAGUGCUUGGGAAAAUUUUACUUUUUUAACCUAUUAAUACAAGGAAUAAAGUAUGAAAAAUUAAACAGGU